GUGUAGUCCAGUAUUUACAGGUAUAAAUGCAGUGUGUGUGUUUAACUGUUAAAGGUAAAGUGCAGUGUGUGGUAUACCAUAUUGUCUAAGUAUGCUGUAGGGUGUAUUAGUUUUGACUGUCAAUUAGUCUGAUAGCCCUAGGGAAAAAGUUAUCCCUCAUUCUGCUAGUGCGCGAUCAGAUGCUGCAGAGGUAUCUUCGUGAGGGGAGCAGAGAGAGCAGUCUGUAGGAUGGGUGGCUGGAGUCACUGAUGAUCCUCCGGGCUUUUCUUAUACACCGCCUGGUAUAGAUGUCCUGGAGGAAGGGAAACUCACCUCCAACAAUGUGGCUGGCAGUUUGCACGACCCUUUUCAGGGCUUUGCGGUUGCCAGCUGUGCUGUUUCCAAACCAGGCAGUGAUGCAGCCCUUUAGUGAUGCAGCCCUUUAGGAUUUAACACCGAGAAACUUAAAGCUCCUCACCCACUCCACAGGUGUCUUGUUGAUUGGGAUGUGUUUGUGUUCUCUGCUCUGUCUCCUGAAAUCCACCACCAGUUCCUUGGUCUUGUCAGUAUUGAGUGAGAGGUGGUUCUCCUGGCACCAUUUAGUCAGGGUGCUCACCUCUUCUCUGUAGGCCGUCUCAUUGUUGUCGAUAAUCAGGCCUAUGACCGUUGUGUCGUCAGCGAAUUUGAUGAUGACGUUGGAGCUGUGUGUGGCUGCACAGUCGUGUGUGUACAGGGAAUACAGUAGUGGGCUGAGGACACAGCCCUGAUGAGCUCCAGUGUUGAGGGUCAGUGGGGAUGAAGUGUUGCUGACCAUUCUCACCACCUGACUUCUGCCUGUCAGGAAGUCCAGAAUCCAGCUGCACAGAGAUGUGUUUAGUCUGUAAAAACGCAGUACAGUGCAGUACAGUACAAACUGAUCAUCAGUGUCAGGGCCCUAACACAGGUCUGUGUGUGUGUAUGUGUGGGUGUCUGUGUGUGUGUGGUGCAGUACAGUACAAACUGAUCAUCAGUGUCAGGGCCCUAACACAGGUCUGUGUUUGUGUGUGUGUGUGUCUGUUUGUGUGUGUGUGUGUGUGUGUGUGUGUGUGUGGAGCAGUACAGUACAAACUGAUCAUCAGUGUCAGGGCCCUAACACAGGUCUGUGUGUGUUUAUUUGUGUCUGUGUGUGCGUCAGUAUGUCUGUGUGUGUACGCGACACACAGUGUGUGCGUACGUGUCUGUGUGUGUGAGUGUGUGUUAGUGCUGCAACGAGGCGUCGACUUCAUCGAUUACGUCGACUACGAAAAUGCGUCGACAUGCGUGAAAUGCGUUGACACGUCACACUGUAUACAUUCAUGUCGCGUAAUGGCGGCUUCUGCUCCUGGGAAUGGAGAAAGUUCCAGUAUAUCACAAAAAGCUAGACCACGAUUAUCAAAAGUAUGGGAAUUCUUUAAACAGAGGCCAAAUAAAAUGGUCCUUUGUUCCCUUUGCAAAACCGAAAUGGCGUACCAUGGCAGCACAACUGCGAUGCACAAGCAUCCUCAGAAGAAAACAUCCUGGUGCUCCCCGACCUCAAAAGGACGAGCCAUCUUUGUGAUGAUGUGUGCAAUGCUUCAGGUGAAGAUGUGUGCAGUGCUUCAGGUGAAGAUGUGUACCACCUGCAGGGCUCCUCACCACCUCCUUCUUUUCCUCAUCCUCAUGUUCAUCACAGCCUUCAUAUCAUCAGUUCAGGUGAAUCCUGGUGAAGAUCUACAGCUGAAUUUGCACAUAUCAGACCAAGUGGAGGUGAUCUUUAAACACAGAGAUUCAGCAGAUCCACAUGGUGUACAGAUCUGCAGUGUGUAUAAAAGCUCACUAGACUGUACAGCUGAAUACACACAGAGAACAUCACUCACUAACACACUUCUUACACUGAGAGGAGUAAAGUGGACUGAUGAUGGAGUUUACAUCAUCAGUGACACGACGUAUAACGAGAAACUUCAUAUUUCCUCAGUAACAGUAAGAGAUCAGAACAAAGAUCAGGUGUCUGCUCUACCAGUGUGGGCGAUCUUCCUGAUGGUGGUGUUGGGGCUUCUGGUUGCUGCACUGAUUGUGUUAAUCUCGUACCUGAGGAAAACAUAUCACUUUAUCCGAAGAGAUGAUAGAGGCCCAGGAAUGGAGCAGGAGAACAUCAGAGCUCUAAUGAAACAACAAAAAUGAACCUAAAGGAGAACCAAAGACAGAGUGCAAAUGAAAGUGACUGUGAGUAGUAACCGAGGGAAGAGACUUGUAACUACAUACAGCAUGAUGCUGGAAUAAUGAGAGAUCAAAACUUAAAUGGGAGAACAGGAAUAAAUGACAUGUAUCUGGAUCUACAGCUUUCUCCAUCCAGGUUCCUCAGCAGUGUGAUGUGUGUCCACCUUCAAUAUGAACAGAACUUUUUUCACAAGUGAACCUCCUCCAAGAACAGAAUCUGUUCAGAAGGCAUCAAUAUCACAUGUAUCUCUCUGCACUGACAGUUAUUACUUCCAGGUGCUAUGUUUAAUGAUAGUCAGAAGAAUUGCAGUAUUGACUUGCAGUGAUACUUCAUUGGCCGUCCCUGGAAUAAUGCACUCGGUGUGAAACCGUGCAUGGCCUCUAGGUCCAAGUUCCUGUCCAUGUUUUUUGCCUCUUAAAUACCACAAAGCAUUCCAAAUUGUUAUGGCUGAGCUGUAGAUUUUUCAUCUUUUAGUUCUGAAAGUCAAGUUGCGUGACUUAAAGGCAGUAUUUUUGUAUUAUUAUUAUUAUUAUUACUAUUGUUUUAAUGUAUGCCUUAGUUUUUAUACUUUAAAAAAGUAAUUUGAAAGCACUUUUUUUUUAUUUGUUGGCACUUAAAUGUACUUAAUUCUUCUCAGUCAACUUUGCCAUUGUUCACAGUACAAAUACAGAAACAAUGGGUAAUGUCUAACAGUUUAUUUGUGAUACAAAAUAUUGUUGUAUGCAUUGCAUACUAUGCGUUUAAAAAAUAAAAGUUAAUUUUUCUAAAAAAGGAAA